GGAUGGCACGGCAAGUGAACAAAACCAAAGGAUGAAUCAAGUGAAGAAAAGAUUCAGAGGAAAACAGAACUAAAGAAGGGGUUCUGUGGUCUGCGACACGACAACGACGAACCUCUCUUUCAUUCGAUUCUGCGCGUCAUUUUGGGGUUUGUUCAGAUGUCUAAAGAAACUGACGUGGAAAACCCUAGUAAUAACCUCACUGUUCAAAAGGGUGUGGAUGUGAAAGAGGAUGUGAGUGUGAAUGUGAAUGUGAGUGAUGGUGAGGGAAAUUGGUACACUUCAUUGGUGCAUCAAAUUUCAGUGUAUGGUGUGGCUGCUGGGUACUGUUUAUCUGCAUCUUUGCUUUCCAUAAUCAACAAAUGGGCUGUCAUGAAAUUCCCAUACCCUGGUGCCCUAACCGCCUUGCAGUACUUCACCAGUGCCGCCGGGGUCCUCCUUUUCGGCAGGCUUAAGCUCCUUGAGCAUGACCCCCUUGACCUUAUGACCAUGUGGCAGUUCUUGCCCGCGGCGAUAAUAUUUUACCUGUCGCUUUUCACCAAUAGUGAGUUGCUCCUCCAUGCCAAUGUUGACACAUUUAUCGUGUUCCGCUCAGUUGUUCCCUUGUUUGUUGCGGUUGGGGAGACACUGUUCUUGCACCAGCCGUGGCCAUCGGGGAAGACUUGGGCCUCCCUGGGCACCAUCUUUGCCGGCAGCGUGCUUUAUGUGGUCACGGAUUAUCAGUUUACUUUCAUGGCAUACACCUGGGCUUUGGCAUACUUGGUUAGCAUGACUAUAGAUUUUGUUUACAUAAAGCAUGUGGUUAUGACGAUUGGUUUGAACACAUGGGGUCUUGUGUUGUACAAUAAUCUCGAGGCUCUUAUGCUUUUUCCGUUGGAGCUGCUGAUUAUGGGUGAGCUGAAGAAGAUUAAGCAUGAGAUCCAAGAUGAGUCUGAUUGGCACUCAUUCCAAGUCAUUUUGCCCGUGGGAUUGUCAUGUCUGUUUGGUCUGUCAAUUUCUUUCUUCGGAUUUUCUUGCCGCAGGGCAAUUUCUGCAACAGGAUUUACUGUCCUUGGUAUAGUGAACAAACUGUUGACUGUUGUGAUCAAUUUGGUAAUAUGGGACAAGCAUUCAACAUGGGUGGGUACAGUGGGUCUUCUGAUUUGUAUGCUAGGUGGGAUCAUGUAUCAGCAAUCAACUAGCAAGCCAAAGGCUGCAAAACAGGUGAGUGCACAGGAAAAUGAGGAGGAAGAACAGAAAUUACUUGAGAUGCAAGUCAAUUCUGAGACCAACAUCAAUAAUAAUGAAGUUAAUAAACCAAGGGAGGAAAGCUGAAACUAUUUUCUAUAGGACACUUCCAUAUUUCCUUUCAAGUGUAUGUUUUUUUAUUGUAUCAUUUUUUAUAACUGUCAAUUCACAAUUCUUAACAAUUCUAUCUCCUUGAAUGGCAAGCUCAUUGGCAUUCUGGUAUGUAGGGUUUUAUUUAAUUUAGUGGCUGUAAUAUAAAAUCUAUUAUUUAAGUACUUGAUAGAUAAAAUAUCAUUCAAUUUGGUUCUUUAACUUUUCAGCUUUUAAACUGAACCAAUUUUAUGUUUCAAAUCUUAGUUUGUUCUUUUCUUUC